UACACCCGGAGAUCUGACAUCUCAACUCUGUUGCGAGAGACUCGUACGGUGCCUGCUGGCUGCUGCCGGAGAUGGUGGAGACGGUGGUGAGCAUGGCGAGGUCCAUGGUGAGGGGCGCCAUCAGCGUGGCCACUUCUGCCGCUGCCGCUGAAGUUGGCCUCCUCGUCGGCGUCCGAAAGGAUAUCUGGUUCAUUAAAGACGAGCUCGAGACGAUGGAGGCAUUCCUGGAGGUCGCUGAAUCAAUAAACAAGAAAGAUGUGCUCCUCAAGGUGUGGGCAAAACAAGUAAGGGAUCUGUCCUACAACAUUGAAGAUUGCCUCAAUGAGUUCAUGGUGCAUGUUGGAAGCUAAAGCUUGUUACGCCGGCUCAUGAAGCUCAAAGAUCGUCAUCGAAUUGCCACACAGAUCCGCGAUCUCAAAGCAAGAGUUGAAGAAGUAAGCAUCAGGAACACACGCUACAACUUGAUCAAGGCGGAGGCCUCCAACACCAUUGGUGACAUGGAUUCUCACAUGGAGGAUGUUCGCAAUCACUCGGCUAGCAACAUUGAUGAAGCAGAACUUGUUGGCUUUUCCAAACCGAAGAAGGAGUUAAUUAAGUUGAUGGAUGUCAAGACUAAAGAUGGCACAGCCAAGGUGGUAUUUGUUGUUGGCAUGGGUGGUUUAGGAAAGACUACUCUUGCCAGGAAGGCAUUUGAAAGUAAGGAAGAUAUUGUGAAUAAUUUUUCUUGCCGGGCUUGGAUCACAGUCUCGCAAACAUUUUCCAAGAUAGAGAUGCUAAAGGAUAUGAUCAUGCAAUUUUUUGGAAAUGAAGAACUGAAGAAGCGUUUGAAGGAACUUGAGGGGAAGACGGUGCAAGUAGAUGAUCUCGCCAGCUACCUUAGGGAGAUGCUAAAGGAGAAGAGGUACUUUAUUGUUCUUGAUGACUUGUGGACCACUGAUGCAUGGGGGUGGAUCAAAGAUAUUGGUUUUCCUACUACUAACAUCAAAGGUAGCCGGAUAAUAGUAACAACACGAGAUAUUGGCCUAGCUCAGCAAUGUACUUCCAAAUCGCUUAUUUACCACCUUAAACACCUCCAGAUAGAUCAAGCAACAAAUUUGCUACUGAAAAAGAUUGGGAAAACACACAGAGAAACUGAAAGUGAUGAAAGGAUGCGGACUGUGAUUUCCAAAAUAGUAAAAAAGUGUGGUGGUUUACCACUAGCUAUACUCACCAUAGGAGGUUUGCUUGCUACCAAAGUGGUAGAAAUGUGGGAGAGUAUUUAUGAGCAGAUUCCAUCAGAGCUCGAGACUAACCCAAGCCUUGAAGCAAUGAGGAGGAUGGUCACUCUUAGUUACAGCCACUUGCCAUCUCAUCUUAAAUCAUGCUUCCUAUAUUUAAGCAUCUUUCCGGAGGAUUUUCAAAUCAGGAGAAGACGUUUGGUUGAUAGAUGGAUAGCAGAGGGGUUUGUUACAGCUAGUAGUGGAGUGAAUGUUGAGGAUGUUGGAAUAGGUUAUUUCAAUGAGCUAAUCAACCGAAACAUGAUUCAACCAUCAAAAGUGAACAUAGAAGGAGUUGUUAAGAGCUGCCGGGUCCAUGAUAUCAUCCGUGAUGUAAUGGUCUCAAUUUCUAGAGAUGAAAACUUUGUGCACCUGGUGGGAGAUAGUGAAGCCAGUAUAAUAGAGGGGAAUUUCCGUCAUGUAGCAUACCAUGGUAGCAAGGGCCAAAAUAUUGGCAUGGAUUGGAGCCAUGUUCGGUCAUUAACAAUGUUUGGUAAGAGACCCAUGGAGCCCUCACCUUCAGUUUGUUCAGCCAACAUGAGGAUGCUUAGAGCCUUGGAUCUAAAGAAUACACGGUUUCAAAUUAUACAAAAAGAUAUCAACAACAUUGGGUUGUUGUGCCAUUUGAAAUAUGUGGAUUUUGAAGGACCUUCAAAUAUAUAUUCACUUCCAAAGUCUAUAAGGAAAUUACGAGGAUUACAAAGCUUAGACAUUAGAAAGAGUUAUAUAGCAGCACUACCAACUGAGAUCACAGAACUCCAUAGUCUCCGCAGCCUUCGCUAUAGCAGAUGGGCUUCGUACAGCUUUUUUGAUAUAGAUUACUCCAUGGACUGUCUGAUGCACACAUUGCGCCUGCCCAUAAUAUGCACACCUUCAGUUGAUGCUGAUCAUCGUGCUGAGUUUACUGCUGAGCUACAUAUGGCAUACUCUAGCCUGUGGUCCAAGACAGAAGGUGUGAGUGUUCCAAGAGGGAUCAGUAAAUUAAAGGAGCUACAGAUACUAGAGGUGGUGGAUAUCAAACAAACUAGCAAGAAGGCAGUUAAAGAGUUGGGGGAGCUUAUUCAGCUAAGAAAACUUAGCAUGGUAGCUAAAGGAAAAUUUGCCGAGCAAAAUCCCAAGAUACUAUAUCUGUGUGCCGCUAUAGAGAAGCUCUCGUCCCUGCGCUCUCUUAGUGUGGAUUUUGAUUAUGAUGCUGCCAAUGAUGGAUCACUGGAGUGGUUGCAUAAUAUUUCCUCCCCUCCUCCCCUGCUAAAGAAGUUGAAGUUGGUUGGGGAUUUUAAAGGAAAGAUGCCCGAGUGGGUUAGAUGUCUGAAGCAUCUGGUAAAGAUUCACUUGGAGUGGAGCCACCUGAAGGAAGAUCAGAUAACUGAAAUGCUAGGGGAGCUGCCCAAGCUCAUGCACCUCAGUCUGCGCACAUUUGCUUAUUAUGGGAAGAAGUUAGUGUUCAGAGCGAGAUCAUUUCUCAAUCUGAGGAAACUCUCCAUUCAGCAGCUGGGUAAACUGAGGGAGGUGAGAUUCGAGAAUGGCGCCUCGCCACAGAUGGAAAUGCUAGAAUUCAGUGUUUGCAAUUUGGAGUCAGGGAUUAUUGGUAUCAUUCACCUUCCAGUAUUCAAGCAGAUUUCACUUGGUUAUGAAGGCAGAGUGGCGAGGCUUGGUAUGCUGCAAGCUGAAGUGGACGCACACCCCAACCAUCCCGUGCUGCAAUUCAACAGAGACCGAAGGGAGCAUGAAGCAGAGGAGGCGACGAACCUCAGCCAAGACCAUGACAUAGGAGAUGACGAUUUCCUCUCUUGCAUUUCUGAGGACGAAGAUGCUAGCUGAUCGACGGUGCAAGUUUCUAGUUGCUGAUCAUCUGUCCUUGCUGUCUGGUCGUCGCUUUCGCUGGACACUAGACUUUCUCAACUUGGGACAACCUGGUCUGGAGCAACACAUAAUGGAGCUUGACUAAUGGUGCACUGUCAUUGGUCCAAAAUUUGCGGCAGGUUACUAGCUUGCAAGAAGGCAAGCAGAGGAAGGUAUCUUCAUAUCUAUGAGCCCAAGAGAUGAAAUGAAGCAGGAAGCCACAGGCUGGUGCCUCGACGACACUCCAUGUGCAUCUGAAGUGCGAACCGAUAUCAUCCUCAUAACUGAUUCAGCUUGGGGGGCAAGUGGAAGACCCAAUGGGCUGUUGGUGGCCUCUCAAGAUAUGCUCCGUGAUUAGAUUAGGUGGCAGCUGCUGGCCCUGAUUCCCUCACGAAGACGGCGAUCGAUUCUUACUAUGACAGCUCUCGCCUCUUUCUAACUGGGUAAUGGAGUUUCUCAAAAUGGGUCAAGCUAGAGCAACUUAUGAUGCAGCUUGAUUUAUGGUAUCUUGACAUCUACGAGCCUCUGCUGCAGAAGGGGAAAAACAUGACAACCAUCCAGUCCUUCGCAAAGGAUACUGAAUGGUAUGAGGUGAAGUUCGAAGCCACAGGAGCUAGCGCUGCCUCCACAACUCCAUGGUGCAUCUGAUGUCUGAACUGAGACCACUCAUAACUGCUGGUGAAUAAAGUGGAAGAUAUUAUUGGAUGUUAUUCAAGUUUGGUAGCUGCUGGUGGCCUCUGAAGAUAUGCUCCCUGAUUAUCAGAUAAAGUGGCAACUGUUGGACCUGAUUCCAUCAAAAACAUGGAUCAACUUGAUGAGAAGAACACACCUGCAAUUAUGCAUACAGAAUUUCCUUUGUUUACUGGUAGUACCCUCUGUUUCUUUUUCGUCUUCUUAGUGCUCUCUGGGCAUCCUCAUAAAGCGAUGCCAUUGAAGAGUCUGGGAACAUCUUGUCCAUAUUGUUGGGAUCGAUUGUGUUGUAAAAAGAAAUGCACCUUUUGA